GGUUCAUGAAGCCUUGCGCCUGUGCCUUACACCCACGCGCCUACACACACACAUAUACUCACACACUCACACCCAGGCUCACACUCAGACUCACACCCACCCAUCCACCCACCCGCCCACACACACACACACACACACGAACCACGCACACGAACCACGCACACGCGCGUAGACCAACCCGUACAUCCAUCCGUAUCCACGCCAGGCGUAAGCUAUCCCCAGGGCUAGGGAUCUCAUCUUGUUGGGCCCUGCCUGGUCGUGGCCGCGCAUCCCUCCGCCCGGGCUUCGCAUCCUGCCCUUUUUCUGCAACCCGGCAUCCUUUCGCAUCCAUCUAUCUGCCUUGCGAAGGCCGUUGCCGCCGCCCGUCGCCGUCGCCGUCGCCUGUGUGUUGCGCAUGGCCAUUCGCAUCCCGCUCGGUGUCAAUCUCAAUCUCAAUCCCAGGCCCUCGUUGACUCUGGACGUGUGACAAAACCAUGUUGGUCCGCCCGGAUCACAACCCAGCCCGUCCAACUGCCCGUCCAACUGCCCGUCCAACUGCCCAUCUCCAGCCACUGCACUGCUGCGCCCGCCGGCUCGACUGUCACCAACGCGACCCGGCCACGGAGGCGAUGCGACCGUUGCCAGUCCACCCUUAGAACUUCUGGUACUCUCUGUGUGCACCUACCUGGCCAACCUAGCCACAGCUAGCUCCCACACGCCCUCUCCGCUUCCCCCUCUGCCUCCGCCCCCCGGGCCCCGCGGUCAUCAUCAGCCUUUUGCGCGCCUCCGUCCCACAGCGCCCGAGCAUGGCCUCGCUGAAGUAGGGUAGCCAAGGAGCUGUCUCUCUUUCCGUCUCUCACAUUGGGCCUCCCCACCAAGGCCGGCACGCACGAGGAAGCAAGGCGCACCCAGGCCGCCUUUGGUUGGAGGAGCCAGGGUCUGCGACACACGCGACAGCUCCCCUCCGUCCUCGUCCGAAUUCUCCCAGGCGCAGACCCGCCGCCCUCGCCCUCACCCUCGCCCUCGACCUCGCCCGUUCCAUUCAAUUCAGAAAAAAAGAAAGGAAACGAAAAAAAAAAAAAAGAAGAAGAAAAAAAGACUAGGGGAAGGAGACACGACAUCGACCGGGCAAACGCUGAACAAGGAGGCACGCGGGUUAGCACGACAUGAUGGAUCUGGCCUCGAUCAUGAACGAAGGCGGGGCCUCAGUCCCCCAGACCGCCCCGGCGUCAGGCAAACCUCAAGCUCCGGCUGCAGCUCCAGCUCCAGCUCCGGCUCCAGCUCAAUCCCCGGCUCAAUCUCGACAACAAACACAUCAGCAGCAUCCACAGCACCCACACCCCUCGGCCCCCAUCGUGUCUGUCCCGCCACCUCACUCCUUUCGCGACCACGGCCAGCCUGUGCAGGCAUCGCCUCCUCGAUCUCUCUCGCACGAGUACGUCGCCCACCAGACGCCCUUCGCAUCGCCCCCGCCCUACCCAUCCGCCUCAACCCCGUACGGUGCCCCCUCCCGCCCGCCGCCGCCGCCUCUGCAGCAGCAGCAGCAGCUGGCCGCCAACAACGUGCGCUCGCCAAGCGCAGGCUCUGUCCACGUCCCUCCCUCUCCCUACACCAGGCAGGCCUCGGCCGGCGCUGCGGGCGCGGCCGGCGCGGCGUACCCGUUCCCAAGCCCAGGCCACCCCCUUCCGGAUUCUGCCAGCCCGGUCCAGCAGACUCGAUAUCCUCCUGCCGCCGCAUAUUCUCCCAGGGACACCUACCCACACGCCCCCGCCCCCGUCCAGAGCCCCGGCCCUCCUCCCGCAUACGCUCACGGUCAACACUCGGCCCCGCCGCAGACGCCCCCUGUGGGUACGCCCGGCGGCAGCCUCCCGUAUCUUGCCCAGCACCAACGGUCCAUGUCCAUCCAUUCAAAUCCCACACCCACCUCUGCCCAGAGUCAACACCAAUACCUGCCUCAGCAAUACGCCAGCCCUAUCUCGACGAGCCACCAGCUGCCCCCAGAGCGUAUCAGACAACCCUCACAGCCUUCGACCCCCCUCGGCCCACCUUUAUCUUCCGGACAAAGACAGCAGUCUACAGGACCACCGGGUUUCGCCCAGCCACAGAGCCCGUACCAGCAGCGCCCUCACCCCUCCGGUCCACCUUUCCCAUCGUACCAGGCCCAGGCCCAGGCCCAGGCCCAGCCGCACCAGCCGCACACCCAGCAGCACCAGCAGCACCAGCAGCACCAGCAACAACAGCAGCACCAGCAGCACCAGCAGCAGACAGCCCCGCAACAACCGCCCCAGGUAUCGCCCGGUGCCCCGCAUCGCCCACAGCCCUCGCCUUAUCCUCCUGUCCAGAGGGCAUCAGGCAUGCUCGAAAAUUCUCAGACGGCAGACCCACAGCGUCGGUCGCUGUCCCGUAGCGAGCGCGGCCACAGCCUCAGUGUGAGCCCCAAGACCCGCAUUCCAAGCCUGCCCUCCAGCGCUGGGCACCACUCCCAGGCUUCCAUCUCCGGCCCAUCUGGCCAACCUAGCGACUGGGAACAUCGAGAGCCUCAACAGGCACAACACAACACCUCACAAGGAAGGGCCGAUGCCCCAUCCGCGCCCGCCACGAGGUUGGAGCAUACCUCAACCCCUGUCAAGCGAAAGAUGGACGACAGGGAUGUUCAACCUGACGAGCUUGAGCGACAAGAACCCCGGCCACCUCCCUUCGAGGCCAAUGGUGUACACAGACAACAGACUUCUGGCCAACCAGCUCGCCCCUCGACCUCACCGAUGAUUGCCCGGCGAAGGCGACGGCAUGCCGCGCCUCCAAGGUGGGCGCAUGUUUACAACAAGGACCCCCUCCGGCACAACAACUUUGUUCUGCGGAAAUCGCAUGUGAAUCAUGGCCAGCUCAAUGGCAAGUCUGACCAGUUGCAAACGGGGCGGCAGGACCCAUCGUCUAGCAGACACGCCUCCCCGGAAACAGCACGGUCCAACACACAGGCUCCAGCACCGGCCCCAGCGUCGAACCAGAGCCCGCCUGCCACAGUUUCCAGCCAGAAGCCGAGCCUCCUGGGACCGUGGGAGAUGACAGUCAGCAACUCAACACCAUUUGAUGAAAUGUCCAGGACUGUCGCAGACUUCUUGUUCUUGCUCGUGGUGAACAAUGGGGAACUCGGCAGCAUCCACGACCCCAACAACGGCGUUCAGUAUGAGAUAGAGGCCAAGCUAGGCCACGUCACGGACCGGAACUCACCAAAUCAGCGGAUCUCGUUCCAAGUCCAGUCAGAGGCUGUCCUCGCACAUAGCAACAACACUAGCUUCGUUAGCAGCAUGACCGAGGCGCAACACAAGGGUUACAAUGAGUUUCUUAAUUUCUUGGUUGCCGAGGCCAGCCCACAGAACCCUAAGAAUAGGAACCUUGCUGAGCCUCGAGUACCCAUCAACUACGUGCACCUCAGAGAGUCGGACAGGUUUUACAAGGUUCCAAACCACCUGCGCCAGCAACUGCACCCUGCCCUGCACCAGUUGUUGGGUAACAAGUCAGCGGCGGUAAGGGUCACGUCGGACCAGAAGACGGGCAAGGCCAAGGCUGCCAUCAUCAAGGGAAAAGUUGCAGAUCUGCACAUAGUCUUCCCUCAGUGCGAUCUAGAUUGUCGGGUCAGUGUCAAUGUCGAAGUAGACUGGACGCACCCAGUGGAUGAGCUCGAAGAGCUGAGCCAGGCUGGAGGUCGGGACAGCAAAUCGGAUCGACACAAAGAUCGCUUGAGUUACAAGCAGGGGAAUUACCGGGUCGAUCUGACGCAGGUGACGCAGACAGAGCCCGGCCCCAACCACACUUCUCACCAAGUCAAGGUCCAUGAGCUGGAAAUCGAGCUGGACGCCGGUGCGGUAAUUGAGCAGGGGGGUCGGGCCAUGCGUGGCGAGCCCCACAAUUAUGACUUUCUUAUUGAGGGUUUUGUGAACAAUAUUCGCAUGCUGGCGAGAAAGGCACGGGAGAUGGCGCCCCCGGCUUGAAAGAAAUGGCCGGAGCUAAAUGCGUCCAGGGAAAGGAUAGUGAUGACACAUGGCUUCUACUUUUUUCCCCCGAGAGGCAGAACAACUUUACACAAAGAUAAUUAACCCCCCGCCCCCUCAUUGAAUUUAUAGGGUCUAGGGGAGCAAGUUACUUAAAUAGUAAGAAGCUUCUAAAAUAAGGUAGCCAGCCUUAUAGAAACCUCUUUAAAGGGAAAAGGGUGUAUUAAGUAAUAUUAAUAAUAUUAACUAUUAUCUUUAAA